UAUCUUAUCGCUCACUACCUCGACUCCAUUUAAACUCUCUAACACCUUCACAUUUCCACACAAUUAAAAAAAGAUGACAUAUUCGUUUCUUUCCUCCACUGCUCCCUUCUUUGUCGUUUUUCUGUAUCUCGGUUCCUGCCACGUCUCCGAUGGAGCUCAACAAGCUACUUACAUUGUUCACAUGGCGAAAUCUCAGAUGCCCUCGAGCUUCGACCACCACUCUCUCUGGUACGAUUCCUCACUCCGGUCCGUCUCAGAAUCUGCUGAAAUGAUCUACACGUACAACAAUGCGAUACAUGGAUUCGCCACUCGGCUUACUCCCGAAGAAGCCGACUCCCUCAUGACCCAACCUGGUGUGAUCUCGGUUCGAACAGAGCAGCGCCACGAGUUACACACCACUCGGACUCCACUAUUCCUAGGUCUAGAUGUACACAACGGAGGCCUAUUCCCCGAAACCAGCACAUCUAGCAACCUUGUCAUUGGAGUUCUUGACACUGGUAUUUGGCCAGAGAGCAAAAGCUUCUCCGACGAAGGAUACGGUCCUAUUCCGUCGACAUGGAAAGGCGAAUGCGAGGCUGGGACUAACUUCACCGCUUCGCUCUGUAACCGCAAAUUAGUAGGAGCUAGAUUCUUCGCUGGGGGUUACGAAGCAAGAGUGGGACCAGUCAACGAAUCCAUGGAAUCAAGAUCGCCUAGAGACGACGAAGGUCACGGAACACACACGGCGUCAACAGCAGCGGGAUCAGUGGUGGAAGGAGCUAAUCUCUUAGGGUUUGCUAAUGGAACGGCUCGUGGGAUUGCUUAUCACGCUCGAGUGGCUGUUUACAAAGUUUGUUGGCAACCUGGUUGCUUCAGCUCAGAUAUGUUAGCUGGAAUCGAUAAAGCCAUCGAAGAUAAUGUCAACAUUCUGUCUAUAUCUCUCAGCGGUAUAACGACAUAUUAUACAGACGAUAUUGCCAUUGGAGCAUUUGCGGCCAUGGAAAGAGGGAUCUUUGUUUCUUGCUCGGCUGGUAAUUUUGGUCCCAGCCCUUUCAGUGUAACGAAUAUAGCUCCGUGGAUUACUACUGUUGGUGCUGGUACUAUUGAUCGUGAUUUUCCCGCGCUCGCGAUUCUCGGCAAUGGGAAGAACUACACUGGAGUUUCGUUGUUUAAAGGUGAUGAUGAACUUCCGGCUAAAUUGUUGCCAUUUAUUUACGCGGGGAAUGCUAGUAACGAUGCUAUUGGAUAUCUUUGUUUCCCCGGAACACUAAUUCCUGAGAAGGUAAAGGGGAAGAUCGUUAUGUGCGAUACAGGAGGAGUGGCUCCGGCUAUUAUAGGGGAGGUGGUGAAAGGUGCUGGUGGACUCGGAAUGAUUCUUGCGAAUUUGGCAGGGAAAGGAGAAGAAGUUCAGGCGGAGGCUCACUUUUUACCGGCGACCGCUGUGGGAGAGAAAGCCGGUGACAUUAUCCGCCGCUACGUCUUGACCGAUCCGAAUCCAACGGCUUCAAUUGUGAUCCAAGGCACUGUUGUCAACGUCCAGCCAUCUCCCCUGGUAGCAGGGUUUAGCUCGCGAGGCCCUAAUCUCAUAACGCCAAACAUUCUCAAACCGGACUUGAUCGCUCCUGGAGUCAAUAUCCUCGCCGCGUGGACCGGAGCUCUGGGUCCCACCGGACUAGCUUCCGAUACUCGCCGCGUGGAAUUCAACAUCAUCUCAGGAACGUCCAUGUCUUGCCCUCACGUCAGCGGUUUAGCUGCUCUUCUCAAGUCUGUGCAUCCGGAGUGGAGCCCGGCCGCGAUUCGAUCAGCUCUCAUGACCACCGCUUACAAUACCUACAAAGACGGCAAACGGAUCAUGGACAUCGCGACAGGGAAACCUUCUACGCCGUUCGAGCACGGUGCAGGACAUGUAUCGCCAACGACGGCCGUCAAUCCAGGACUCAUCUACGAUCUAACGACUGCGGAUUAUUUAGAUUUCCUCUGCGCAUUGAAUUACAAUUCGUCGCGGAUCAGAGUCGUGUCGAGAGGCAAUUACACUUGCGACUCGAGCAAAAAUUACUCCGUCGCUGAUCUAAACUAUCCUUCGUUUGCCGUUAACGUCGACGGAUCCGACACGUACAAGUACACACGCACUGUCACAAACGUUGGAGGAGCUGGGUCGUACUCGGUUAAAGUAACGUCGGAGACAACGGCAGUCAAAAUUUCGGUUCAACCGACGGUUUUGAAUUUCAAAGAAGUAAACGAGAAGAAAUCGUAUUCAGUGACGUUUACCGUUGACUCGUCUAAGCCGUCUGGGUCUAACAGCUUUGGGAGCAUUGAGUGGUCAGAUGGGAAACACGUGGUGGCCAGUCCGGUGGCGAUUAGCUGGACAUAGUAGUCAAUUACGACUACCUUGAGAAAGAAGAAAGUCACAUAUAUUGUAAUGUCGUUUUUCAUAAGAGCUCUGUUUAGCGAAAACAGCAUGCAGUCUGUUUUGUACGUAAUUUUUAUCACGAGACUUGAAUAUUUAAUGAAAAGUAAAAAAG